GCACUCCAACGAGCAACAGUAGGUCAAAGAGCACUCCAGCAAGCAACGGUUCAAACGAUGGUUUAAACGACAAUUCAAGCGACGACAAUUCAAGCGACGACAAUUCAAGCGACGAUAGUUCAAGCGACGACAAUUCAAGCGACGACAAUUCAAGCGACGACAGUUCAAGCGACUAUAGUUUUAUUAGUUGGUAUAUGAAAAUUAAAGACAAAUUAAAAGAUGAAGAAAUUUAUAAUUCACUUGGGAAGAAGAAACUUAAUGAAUUGAUAUUUAGUCUUGGAGAUGAAACAAAAUUUCUAGACCAGCAUCUCAAACUCUUCUAUGACGACGAUCAUUUGAAUAAAAUAAAUAGAGAUUUGCGGCGAUUAGAUCGCCUUCAAGGAAAUAAUUUUAUUCCAAGUGAGGAAGAUGGGAGGGAUUUGGUAAAUGGUCUAUUGCAACGCAGAAGAGAAGCUGACAAAUUCAAUGUUUAUUUGUUUAUUGAAAAGCUUUCAGAUAAUCGUUCAGACAGCUCAUUUCUUCGAUUUUUAGCAAAUUAUGUGUUUAAAAACAAAUAUGGAAUGUUCCACGUUGGAUUAGAGAUAGAUGGAAUUGUUCUUGAAUGGGGAACUGGUGAUGCUGGUCCUCAUCUUAUUUAUCCAAGGAUCAACACAAAUAAAAUAUAUGAGAAGAUUGCACAUAUUCGUAUCAAUUACGAUUCAAAUUUUAGUCAAGAAUUUAAUCAUUCAACUAAUACUUUCUUGCAGGAUUGGCAACACUAUAUGCAAAAUUUAUUUUCCACCAUUAUAAACUUUAUGAGAAUGUUACUAUAUUUUGUUUUGAAAAUUGGCGUUGUUCCUUCUAAUAAAUUACAAAUCAUUGCCCAAAAAUGCGUUUAUUGGAAUAGGAAUUAUUAUUAUGAUCCAUUAAAUCGUAAUUGUCAACAUUUUAUUAAUGAAAUACUCGAAACACUUAAUCUAAAAUUCAAUCCUAAAGGUGAAUUUAAAAAGUUUUUGGAUAGAAUUGUUCAGUAUGCGGAUGAUAGAUACUUAUUCCAAAGGAGAGAGUUCCUUUCAAGACAAGAUCUCGAUCAAUUUGCUGAUCAGAAUUGGAAUAUGAUUACAAAUUCUUGGGACAAAAGAUUACUUUUAUGUUAUUCGGAUAUGAUGAAUAAUAUGUAUGAGUAUAAAUAUGACGAAAAAUGGGGUCCUAUGAAUAACAAAGAAAAAUGGAUAGAAAGAGAAUACGAACUAAGAACGGAUUAAAAGUUGAUUUUCAUAUAACCUGUGUAGAUUCAUAGAAAUUAUGUAUAUUUUUAUUUUCAUAUUGUAGUUAUGUAUUGAUAUUUAUUUCAUGCUGUGAACUGCUGAAAAUUAUUAAUAAAGUAUUAGCUCUCUGGAAGUUCAAUGUGUGUAUAUGUAUAUGUAUGUUGGAGUAAGCAUGCGUCGGGUCAGCUAUGCUCUUACAAACUGUAGUCCCAAAAUUUUUUCAAAUUUGAAUCAAUGGUAUCUAUCACAUUACAAAAAAGGUUAUAAACUACACUUAUACAAAAUUGUAUAUUUUCAUACAAAAAGUACAAUGCCUACGUUUCUGUUUGUUUACAAACGGUAUGGGAAUUUCUUUGAUAAUAAUUAUGUAAAUUGUAUGUAAGCUAGUGAUCAAAAUAUCACGUGCAUUCACAUGCAUUUUAUUCUUAUAUCAUAUACUGACUGGUACUGAACCGAAAUUCAAAUCAAUCAAAUUUUUUUUUUUUUUGUAU